AUGACAGAGCCCAAGUCAGUUGCCGUUAUCGGAGCCGGCAUUUUCGGACUUUCGCUGGCCAUUGCACUGCGUGACAAAAACUAUGAAGUGACUGUAUUCGAUCGAAGCCAGUAUGAUGCAAAUGGAUAUGACCCCGCAUCGGAUGAUGUUCAGGCUGCAUCCGCUGAUCACAACAAGAUUUUCCGCGCAUCAUACGGGAAAGAGAUUCACUACCAGCGCCUCGCUUUUGAGAGCCGCAAGGCGUGGGUUGCAGAAGACGAGAAACGCGGUUUCUCGGAACGAAGCAAUGAAGGCGAUGACCAGCGAAUUUUCGUUAAUAGUGGAAUGCUUCGUAUACAGCCAUCGGACCAUUUAGCCACCCUGGAGAAGGAAACACUCGCGAACAUGGAACGUGAUGGGUUACGAGACACCCAGUUUGUCAAAAGUGACCCCGCAGAUUGCCAGCGCGCCGACAAGUUGGGCUGGAAAGAGAAGAUACUUGACUUCCGGAUUCCAGAUUCCCCUGGAAAGAUUUAUGAAGCAGUGCUGGACUCAACGGCUGGGUUUGUCCGAUGCAGUAAUGCCUGUGUCCAUUACCAAAGGGUGGCCACCGACAAAGGGGUCAAGUUUUACUUUGGACCUGAGGGGGCGGUUGACUCGUUGAUCAAGGUGAUGAGUAGCCUUGAACCAGGCAAAGAGAAGGUGACGGGACUCAGAACUACAAACGGCAUUGUACAUGAUGCCGAUGUUGUUGUUAUAGCUGCUGGUUCAUUUUCGACGCAAAUUCUCCCGGAAUUGACCUAUCACCUCGAGUCCUCUGCUGGUAGCCUUGCCACCUUCAAGAUUGACAGGGGUAACACCGCGCUAUGGGAGAAAUAUUCCCCGGAGCGAUUCCCCGUCAUGACCUGGAAAAGUGUAGCUCGGGAUAGCUCUGGCAAGGAUACCGGAAGUAUUUACGUUCUACCAAGAACUCCAGAGGGCUUCGUGAAGAUUGGGUACCGUGGUAUCAAAUGGACUAAUUUCCAACCCGCACCGCAAGACACUCCAUUUACCCAAGACGGGAAAUGGUCGGUUCCUCUUCCGGUAGAAAAGUGCUCAGUACUACCGGAGCCCGCUGUUUACUCGAUCAAACAGUUUGUGUCUAUAUUCCUGCCGGAGUUUGAUGGUAUUCCAUUUUUCUCUACAAAGCUCUGCUGGUAUACCGAUUCACUGGACAAUUCCUUCGUGAUCGAUCACGUACCGACAUAUGCAGAGAACUCUGUAUUCGUUUGCACAGGAGGUAGUGGCCAUGGUGCAAAGUUCUUACCAGUUCUGGGACAGCAUGCCGCGGAUAUAUUGGAGAAAGGGGACCAAAGCUCAUCCUUCAUGCGAGAGUUCUGGCGCUGGCGCCCCGAUGCACCACGAAGGAAUGGCCUCGAAGAGGGCCCUGGGGGGCCGAGAGACAUCUCGCAAAGCAAGAUUUGA